ACAACCAAAAAAAAAAGUACGUAGUAACAAGAAAAUUAUGGCUUUCAUGAAACUAGUACUCUUUGUUGUUCUUGCUCUUUGUUCUUCCCUUCCUCGUCUCAAUGCACUCCCUCAACAAAUACCGAAAGUAGAUGCCAUCUAUCAGUUUGGUGAUUCGAUUUCCGACACCGGUAACCUAGUACGUGAAUCCCCCAUUGGAGAACAUACAACCUUUGCAAGACUUCCUUAUGGACAAACUUUCUUCCAUAAGCCAACCGGUCGUUGCUCUAAUGGUCUUCUUAUGAUCGAUUUUAUUGCCAAAUACUUCAAGCUACCCUUUCUUGAUGCAUAUCUUAAUGAAGCUGGUAACUUCGCUCAUGGUGUGAACUUUGCUGUGGCGGGAUCGACGGCUCUUGACUCUUCAACCUUAGCUGCCAAAAACAUUACAUCGCCGGUCACCCAAAGUUCAUUAUCCGUUCAACUUGGGUGGUUUAGAUCUCACCUUCAAACACUAUGCCCUAACGACCUAAAAGAUUGUAAGGCUAAACUUGCAAAUGCCUUGUUCAUCAUUGAAACCGGAGGUAACGACUUUAACUACGCGUUUUUUGGAAGAAAAACAAUGGAAGAAGUUCAACAAAUGGUGGAUGAAGUAAUUCAAGCCAUUACUAAUUCUGUGAAGGAUGUUAUUAAUCUUGGUGCCACUAAAGUUGUAGUUCCUGGCAACUUCGCGAUUGGUUGUAUGCCUAUUUAUCUUAGCACUUUCAAGGCGAAUGACUCAAAUAUGUAUGAUGAACUCCAUUGCUUAAAGGGUUUGAAUGGAUUCGCAACGUUUCAAAAUGAUCGAUUACAAGAAGCUCUUAAGGAGCUUCAAGGACAGUAUCCAAACGUUGCAAUUGUGUAUGCUGAUUAUUUCAACGCAUUGAAGGGACUCAUUCAAAAUGCUGCUUCACAUGGGUUUGAAGAGAAUGAUGUACAAAAGACAUGUUGUGGAAUUGGUGACAACGAGUACAACUUUAACCUAACUCGAAUGUGUGGAAACAAUGGAGUUCCAGUUUGUCGCGAUCCCUCUAAGCUAGUGAGUUGGGACGGAGUUCAUAUGACUCAACACGCCUACAGAGUCAUGGCCAAAGAGCUAUUCAAGGAAAUUGUUCAAGGCAUCUCCACUCGAGUUUAAUUUCUUUCAAUUAA